AUGUCUAUACCGCUGGACGUUAGUUCGUCGCCGUUAUUCCAGCCAGCGCCCGCCACCGGCAACACUCCGUCUGCUGCCACUAGUGCCGCCCCAUCUGUGGCCCUGCAGACCCCCGCUCCGUCGAGUGCCGCAUUACUUGCCAGUCAUCGUGCUGCAUCGCGACCACCUACGGCCAGCGCUCUACUGGCUCCAACGAAUGCUGUGAGCCUCAAGCUGCCGCCUUUCUGGUCCAAGGACCCUGCCCUGUGGUUCGCACAGGUGGAGGCAGUUUUCGCCACACGAGCCAUUACACGGCAAACCACCCGGUUCGAGUAUGUCGUCGGCGCCCUAGAGCCCGAGGUCGCUGUCGAGGUCCGUGACCUCAUCCUGUCUCCACCGGCUCAACAGUGCUACGACGCGUUGAAGGCGACUCUGAUCCGUCGCACGGAGACCUCCCAGCAGCAGCGUCUACGCCAGCUACUGACGCAGGAGGAGCUGGGCGACCGGACACCCAGCCAGCUGCUGCGCCGCAUGCAGCAAUUGUUGAGCAACGCACCAAUGGAUGCAAACUUACUUCGGGAGCUCUUCAUUCAGCGUUUGCCAUCCGGCAUCCAGAUGGUGUUGGCCUCCUCGACCGCCACACUACCGUUGGCUCAAGUUGCGGAGAUGGCGGACCGCAUUAUGGAGGUGUCUCCUCCCUCGGUCAGGCCAGCCACAGUUGCCAAUAUGCCGGCUUCCGCCCCAGUGCCUGCCACCGCGGCUAGUGAUGAUAUGAGCGAGUUGCGCGCACAAGUUGCUGCGCUCACUGCCGCCGUUGACCGCCUGUCACGUUCGCGGUCGUCUAGCCGCUCUGCUAGCCGCUCUGCAUCUCGGAGUGGUAGCCCAAGACUAGGCCCAAGACAAGAGAGGCUUGUGUUUUUACCAUGA